AUGUGCAAGGGACUUGCUGCAUUGCCAGCUACUUGCUUAAAAAGUGCAAAAGAUAUGAAGCAUCAUCUGGAUUUCUUACUGCAGAAGCGGUCAUGUGAGCACAGCUCUUCCCACAGCAAGAAGGAGAAAAUGGCUCCACCCCAGAGGGUUAGCCACAAGGAAGUCCAGAAAUGGGCUGACUGUUUGGAGAACCUGAUACAUCAUAACAGUGGGCUGGCUGCUUUCCAGGCUUUCCUCAAGUCUGAGUACAGCAAGGAGAAUAUUGAGUUCUGGGUGAGCUGCAAGGAGUACAAGAAAACCAAAUCGCCAGCCAACCUUAGCCCCAAGGCCAGGAAGAUUUACAAUGAGUUCAUCUCUGUGCAGGCUACUAGAGAAGUGAACUUGGAUUCCUGCACAUGGGAAGUGACCAGCCACAAUGUUCUCAAGCCCACCCUGUCGUGCUUCGACGAGGCUCAGAAAAAAAUCUUCAUCCUCAUGGAGAAGGAUUCUUACCACUUCUUCCUCAAAUCUCGCUUCUACCUCGAUUUGGUCAGUCCACCUGCAACUACUUGUGGGACUCAGAACCACAAAAGAGCUACGUCUCCUGCCUUAGCCUGCUUCUCCCCUCUGGUCUCUCAGUACACUUAGCUCUGAGCAGGGAGCAGGCAGGUCUCCUGGGACUCUCUGGGGAUGCAUGACAGCAAAGCACUCCUUGGCAUGAAACACUGUUGCCAAGAGCUGCUUGAGGUCGUCACCUAUAUCCACUA